AUGGAAUUUUUAGCCUUAAAAGGAGCUAGUGCUAGUUUGAGAGAACAACUAAUCAACGGCAAACUUGUGAAAUUUCUGAUCUCUAGUUCAGAUUCUUGUAAGUUAACAGAACUGUCACUAAACAUAACAAAUUUUGUUUGGCUCGCAGGUUCCACUGAAAUAUACGAGGACUUUUUUAUUGGGUCUGUGCAUUUCAAAGACGUAGCAUUAGCACAUAUUUUGGUGUAUGAGAACAAGUCAGCAAGUGGAAGGCACUUGUGUGUUGAAGCUAUAUCACAUUACGGUGAUUUUGUGGCAAAGGUUGCUGAACUUUACCCUGAGUAUAAUGUGCCCAGUUUGCCUAAGGAUACCCAACCUGGGGUGUUGAGGGCAAAUGGAGCGUCAAAGAAGCUGAUAGACUUGGGAUUGCAAUUCAUUCCAAUGGAGCAAAUUAUCAAGGAUUCUGUAGAGAGUCUAAAGAGCAAGGGAUAUAUUUCUUAAACCAUUGACCGGUGUUUAGAAAGAUUUAAAGGUACUAUUUGCAUUGUAAAAGUGGUGAGUUCAUGUAGUCAUGUUAAAAAAAACGGUAGUCUACAAACUAUCGUUAUGCCAUAUAACUGCCAUGUUCGUCACAUAUAAAUGACAGUGAAUAAAGGGCAGCUUUUGAAGUUCA